ACCAAUAGGGAAAGCGUUGCUGGGCAGGUUAUGCAAAUGACACAAGCCCCGCCUCCUUCUAUGUAAUUGUUCAGGGAGGAGGCUCCAGCUAGAGGCAGAAAAACAAGGCAGUGACCUUGCUGAGCAACCAUGAUUGUUUUACCUCCGGGGCUGACGGAAGAAGAGGAAGCGCUACAGAAGAAGUUUGCUAAACUAAAGAAGAAGAAAAAGGCCCUUGUGGCCUUAAAGAAGCAACAGAGUUCAACCAGUCAGGCCAGCCAAGGAGGAAUUAAACGCUCCAUCUCGGACCAGCCUGUGGUGGAUACGGCAACAGCGACAGAGCAGGCCAAAAUGUUGGUGAAAACGGGGGCCAUUAGUGCUAUUAAGGCUGAGAACAAGAACUCGGGGUUCAAGCGCUCCCGCACGUUGGAGGGGAAACUGAAAGAUCCUGAGAAAGGGCCAGCCCCGACUUUCCAGCCUUUCCAACGCAGCAUCUCAGCAGAUGAUGAUUCCCAAGAGGCUCGGCGGCCCCAAAGGAAGUCUCUCUAUGAAAGCUUUGUGAGCUCCAGCGAACGGCUCCGGGACCAAGAGAAAGAUUCAGAUGUGACCCGGGAUCCAGAGAAGGAGUCGGACCGGAGUGAAAAUAUGCGUGGUUUCGAAUGGGAUUAUGACCGGGAUCGCAACCGGGACCGGAGUAAAGAUCGGGACCAGGAGAGAGACCGGGAUCGAGAUCGAGACCGGGAUCGAGAUCGAGAUCGAGACCGGGAUCGGGACAGCGAUCGGGAGAGAGACAGAGACCGAGAGAGAGAUCGAGACCGGGACAGAGAGCGAGAGCGGGAGCGGGAACGAGAGGGCGGCUUUCGCCGAUCUGAUUCUUUCCCAGACCACCGUGCCCCACGCAAAGGAAAUACAGUGUAUGUUUAUGGGGCUGACAUGAACCAGAACAUGCUCCGUACCGCUUUCUCAGUCUUUGGGAACAUCAUUGAUCUCUCCAUGGACAACCCCCGCAACUGUGCUUUCGUCACCUAUGAAAAAAUGGAGUCCGCAGAUCAAGCUAUCACUGAGCUCAAUGGAAAGGUGGUGGAAGACAUUCAGCUGAAGGUCAGCAUUGCCCGCAAGCAGCCCAUGUUGGAUGCAGCCACGGGCAAAUCUGUGUGGGGAUCCUUGGCUGUGAGGAACAGUGUCAAGUGGUCUCACCGAGACAAGCGUUCCCAGGUCGUCUACAACGAGGAUAUCUUCUGAGGUUGGGGUGUGACCUUCUCCAUUUCAAUGGUGGAGCCAUUUGCUUUUGCUUAGUCAAACUGUUCAAAUAAACGUGAACUGGUUUUGUUUGUUUGUGA